UCGUACUUUCGCACAGAUGCUUCCGUACGUGAUUUUUUUUUCUAAUGAAAUGACGUCUCUUGCAACAACUGCAGUAACACACGCUCACACACAUCAACGGUAAACUGCUGGAAACUAUUUAUCCUGCUUCUUUGUCGAGCCGGAAAUAGGCUACAGGAAAGGGGUACAGCUGAAUAGAACGAAAUAUGUGCAUCAGUGUUUAUCUCUGCAAUACUGCGGCGCUGCAAAAGCAUCCCUCUAGGUUUCAAUGCCGCCGCGCCUGUUAACAUACGUGCGGAAAGGGGACCACCUCAUUUCUGUCAAAUCUGGAAUAGAUCAAAUGCCUUUUUCACGACUAAGACUAGCACAUAUGUUCUGGAUACGCAAAUGGCUUCAAGUGUGAGGAGCGCCGACAGCCUUUCGCACGGUGCGGACGCCGGCGAGCGGCGCCGGGCUGCAGUCCCCGCUUCACGGGGAGGGAGAAGCUCGGAAGCCGCAGGAUGCGCACUGAAGACCGGGAGGGAGGGAUCGCCUGCUAGGAGUCUGAUAGCAAUGGGGAUGCUUUUGCUUCUGUUGCAGGCGGCUUUUGCUACUGAGGAUGAAGGAACCUCAGGUUACUCAAACCCCUCACAGGAGGCAGGGGCUUUGGCUGGUUCUGUGCACCCAUUCGCUCGAUUGCUCCUGGGAGAUGGGGAUGCUUUUCCAGGAAUUCACACAGGUCCACCAGGGGCAGCAGACAGCACAAGAGUACAGCCAGCGUUCUCAUCCAUAUUGACUCUUAUGGCCAGCUCAGGCAAAAAGUCCCAGACCUUAGUUCAAUCUUCUCCGAUCAUAUCUAACAAUGGGUCCAAUAGUCCCAAAAGUGAAACAGAGCCGUUCUCCUCUGCACCUGCUGCCACCAGCAACUUCUCUUCAAGCUCAGAGGAGUCAUCAAGGGAUGACUUGUCUACAGCUGCAGCCCCUCGAGAUAGAGAUGCACUAGAGAAUGUGACUAGUGCAUUAGAUGGUCAAUUAGGGAAUGCUACAGCACCAGAGAAAGUUAAAAGCACGUCCAGAAAGGCAUCAUCUGCAGCAGUCAUGAAGGCCACUCAGGGCACGAAUGGCAUGCCUCAGCUUAUGACAAUAACCAACACAACCGUGGCCUUAACCACAAGAGUCCCAAGGACCCCAAUCACCACAACAAAGCUGAGCAAUGCCCGUCAAACGACUAUGAGCAUGGUUGAGACGACAACUUCAGAAAAGACCGGAGCCUUUGGCAAACAAUCAACAACUGCCCUGACCACAACGGUGGCUGCUGCUACCCAAACGCUCAAGAUCCCAGCAUUUAGACUAACCACAACUUCUGCUCGUAGUACCUCUACAACUGAAGUUUCUCCACUGCAGUGCAACGUUACAGAGGCUUUCUGGUUGAAAACAGUUCUGUCAGUACACCCAAGGAGAAACCGUCUGGAUAACAUACUGAAACAGAACCUCCCAAAAGGCCUUACACAGGCACUGCGGAAAGCUUUCAACAGCAGCACGAUUCGUGUCCAGCUGGAGAACCUGACGGGCACCUCCAACGUGACAGUGGCGUACUCGGUGGGCAGCGGCAGCACGGUCUUCAUGACCUCCGUGGUGAUCGAGGCCCUCGCCGUGUACGGGAUUGACAAGUUGAUGACUGACAUCCGGCAGUUCGUGCCUUUGGUGCAAUCCCUUUCCAUACCUGUCGCCCCCUGGAGGCCCAGCCCUGCCAUUUCACUUCAGCUCAAAACAGUGCUGCGGUUUGUGGGCCCAGGAGAGAACAUCAAGUCUUGCAGUUUCUCUCAGCUGAUGGAACGGCGACUGGAACUUGCAUUUGCAGAAGCGGAAUCCAAAGUGCUGAAUUCCAACAGCAAGCUGACUGUACAGAUCCUGGGCUCCUCGCGAGCGCUGAGCUCCCCGGCUGUUUCCCUCAUCUAUGUGGUGUUGAACGGCAGCGUCCCUCUGAACGGCACUACCUCCAGCAGCCUCCUGAACCAGCUGACCGCCGAGAUGGUUGGCUACUUCCUCCUCUUCCCCCCACUCAUCAUCGCGGAGCCCCUGGAGUACCACAACCUCAACACGUCCACCGCCACCAGGGACUAUUGGGUGAUCACAGUCAUCCAGGAUGUGGACAACUCCUCCCUGGAGGGAAACUACCAAAGCUUUGCCAGCCUGAUGGAGCAGCGGCUCGCCGAGGUCUUCGUCAUCACCAGGCAGCAAGGGACACGUUUCCGCCGGGCCACCACAGUGGGGGGCUACACCGUCCAGAUGGUGGGCAUACGGCGAGUUCCUGGCUCGAAGAAUCCUGCUGAGAUGACCUACUACGUCCAGCUGAACGGCAUCCCCAUGCCUGGCACGUCCGCCGCCAAAAUCCUCAACACGGUGGACUCGCAGACGAUGGCCCUCACCCUGGGCUACUUCGUUCAGCUGCAAGCCGAACCUGUGGUGAAGAACCCGCCAAAUAACCUGUGGAUCAUCGCCGCCAUCCUGGCACCCAUCGCCGUGGUGACCGUGAUCAUCAUCAUCAUCACCGCCGUGCUGUGCCGCAAGAACAAGGGCGACUUCAAGGCCGACACCAUGGGCAACCUCAACCCCAGGAGCAAGACGGCGUACCGGAGAGAGGCCAGUUACUACCACCAGCCAGUACAAGGGUUUGACUAUGCCAAGCAGCACCUUGGCCAACAGGGCGGCGAUGAAGAGGCUCUCCCUGUUACCCAAGAGACGAUGGUCCUGCCCCUUCCCAUCCGGGAUGCCCCACUCUCUCAGGAGAGGGGUAUGCAUCAAGAUGGCACCACCUCCAAAAAGACCCUCUCCAGUGAGGUGCGCAAAAGGUACGGACCUCUGGCCAGUGUCUCCUCUGGGAGGGAGAGGGAGCCUCCUGACUCUCUGUCCAUCUUUCUGACAGACCCCUACGACUCCUCCUCCGGCUCUCUGCAGCUCAUCUCCAUCAAGCCUAUGGCGGCUCAGCCCGCCUACUCACAUCCACCAUCAUCGGACCGCAGCCAGGAUUCGGCCAUCAUCAACGGGGAGGUGAGCAUGGCCCUAAAGCAGAAGUCGGACAUUGAGCACUACAGGAACAAGCUCCGGCUGAAGGCCAAGCGGAAGGGAUACUACGACUUUCCAGCCAUCAACUCCGGCUACAAGUCUGGGGGCCACAGGCAGAGGUACAGCCACGAGAAGCUCCAGCUGGAGCUCAGUAUGGGCCAGGAUGCUGAUGACGAGAAGGCCUCCACUUACGUCAAAUCCAGGAAAAGACAUUCCCAGCCAAGGAAUCCUGUCUACCGGAGCCGCCAGUCGCUGAACAGCCCCAGUCCUGGAGGAACAGAGAUGGACCUGCUGGUGAUGAGGGAGCGACCCAGGAGAGGGAUCCGCAACAGUGGCUACGACACGGAGCCGGAAUUAAUCGAGGAGACCAACGUGGACCGCUUGAUAGGCUCCCGGAUCUGUGGCGGUGGGAGGCAGGUCAAAGGUCACUCGGACACAUCCACCCUGAGCUCACAGCCGUCCAUCGACGAGGUGCGACAGCAGAUGCACCUACUGCUGGAGGAGGCCUUCAGCCUGGCCUCAGCUGGUCACUCCAUGGGCAGCCGCCGGCACCAUCACCAACACCACGGCCCCUACAGCCUACGGCACCCCGGGCCCUAUGCUGAGGUGGUGACCAGCGCCCCCGGGACCAUGAGCCGGCCCCGCGGGGCCUUGCAGUGGGUCCCUGCGUACAGGCCUGACGUUUUCCAGUACAGCCUCCCCAAACCGGCCUUUAGGUUCACGCAGCUUCCUGACAUGGCCAUGGGCUCCCCGCCGCCCCCCAUCCCCCCCAGAAAUGCAGCCACUCCUGGGGCCUCACUCAGGCGUUCCUCUUCUGACAUUGGCCCGAAGGCUCGGACCUCAGAGUCCUCUGCACCUGAGACACGCAGUCAGCACGACAGCGCCCCCUAUAUGCCGAUCACAAGACCGCCAGUUGCUUCUGUCGCUGCUGAGCUUCCUAUGUCAAACUACUCAGGAAACCCCAUGUCAGCAGUCUACGCCAUACCAGCCAACCGGUCCGACUACUCGGCCUACGUUGUGUCCACGCCACCGAGCUCGUACCAUAGCCCUUCCUGGAUGUCCUACCCCCCUGAGCCAGAGGAUGUUCCUCCCCAGUGGGCAGAUUCUGUGCCCCUCCCGGGCUAUGUAGAAGCCUUCCCACAUCCCCGCUACCCCCAGGGCAGCCCCCCCAUGCUGCCGAGGCAGUACAGCCAAGCGUCAUCCAGCCACAGCGCCCCAGACCACCCGGCUACACCGUCAACUGCUGCUUCCCAGCAGAGUCUGACCGGCACUGUGGACACCCCCGACACCUCCCUCAGCAAUCUCUCCACGGCCGCCCUGGUCAAGGCCAUCCGAGAGGAAGUGGCCAAGCUGGCCAAGAAGCAGACGGAUAUGUUUGAGUUUCAAGUCUAGAGCCCCUAGUGUCCUGGAGGCCAAACCAAUUUUUGUGUACUGUGGUGCAGAAAGCCACCGGCCCAGGCAGGACAGAACUGUAUCUAAAAGUGUCCCCUGUCCCCUUUUUAAAUAGGAUUUGCUUGAUUCUGUUUUGUUGUGAUUUCCCCUUUUUCCCUUUCAUUUGUCUAAGACAAACUGUUUACCUGUGUUGUUUGCAUUCAGUUUCUGGCAUCUUCUUUGGCACUUACAACUGAAAAGCUAUAUCUAACAAACAUCCUGUGUGAUUGUGUUAAUCACGGACAGCAGCAUUUUACUCAAGGAAAGAAUCCUAAUGAAGAUGAAAAGCCUAGAGGUGCAUGUCCUCACAGAAUAAAAAAAUCUGUGAAGAUAAUGCAUCAAAGCAAAGUGAGCUGUAUACAUCCUGGAGAAUCCCAGAACUACCCGGAAACACCCAUCUGAUUUACAUGCUGUGUAAUAGUGUCAUGCUUAUCUAGAUGGAAGACUCCGGCAUGGAACAUUUCAUUUUUUUUUGCUCUCCAUUACUCAGAGACUUUCAGAAGACACUGGUGAAUCCAGCGACAUGGUCCACUGAACAGAAAUGAAACUGACAAAGGUUUAUGUUGCAUGGCAAUGGGUAGCUGUCAAGAGGCUGUCAAACCUAGUAAAACAUACCAUUUUAAAAGUGUGUUAAAUAAUUUGUUUCUGUCCCAAUUUUCAUAAUCACUCAUGUGACUAUGACAUUACUGACCAAUUCCUAGUAAUUUCAUUCAUGACACAAACACGGCAUGAUGAGUUUGCUCAGUGGUUCUGUAUUCCUGUCUUAGGAAAAUCAGCAGGAAAUCUGUAACUAACCUAUGCAGUCUGUAUCUGUAACAGCGACAGUGGUCAUUCAGAUCACACAAAUCAGAGAACAGCUCCAGUAAGUCACUUUAGCAAUGAAAUCUUGCUAUAACAAACAUUACUGUGGAUUUUUUAAGUAAGUUAUGUAACAAUGAAUAUCACAAAAAUAUAUUUGAAAGUAUAGCUAAUGGAAGUUUCAUUAGUAAUGCAAUGGAUUGAUACUUUCUUAUGAAUUGUACAAAAUCACAUAUUUUCAUGAAUUUAUUUAAAUGAUUACCCCGUUACAUAUUACUGAAACCAGUCAUUGCACACGUCAUCGCAAAAACAUGCAACCUUACUUUACCAUGAGGUCACUCUUUUGGGGUCACUGUAGUGCUAAAAUAUUAUAAAAUGUUACCAUAAAAGGCGUAAUACCAGCAAUAAAUUCCCUCUUAAUUUAUAUAUGACAGCAAUUUGUAACAUUUUUAAAGAUUGCUUAUCACAACGUAGAAACAUUUGCUUAUCUCUUAAACUGGAUUUCAGUAGGAGUCCACAGUGAGUGCAUCCAUAUUGGUGAACUAAGGCUUUAUUUGGAAUAUGCAGCUUUUGCCAGCCCUGAAUAUCCAGUAUGCAGAGAAAGGUUUAAAUGGACAGUUCAGGUGGACAGUUUGUUGUGCUAAAUAAGGACUUUGUGCCAAUUAACUGGAAAUCCCUUUUCUUUUGGCAACAAGCCUGUAGAAAUUUAACAUGUAUCUUUGUACACCUUUUAUUGCAGCCUUAUGAGUAAAGCCUGAACACAAUUUUUAAAUAUUUUUACUCAGUCUUUUGUAAAGUAGCAUUAGUCUUUUAAAAUACAUAUGUUCAUAAUAUGUUUUUAAAAUACAUAUAUAAUUUAGAUUUGCAGUAAUUUGGGAUUUGUUUGUGAAAAUUCAGUACCAAGAAAUAUGUAUGAAUAUAAAAUGAUAUAUUGUACUGAAGUGACUAAAAUAACAUUCUCAAAAAUGAUGGUAUAGCUAUUUACAGGUUAUGCAGUUCUCACCCCCCGCCCCCCCACCAAAAAAAGCUUUCUGCUUUAUCCAUGUUUUCAUGGACAGUAAUGUUAUACCUUUAAUGUGUUACAUGUGUUGAUGUAACUGGCAUGUGCUCUUCCAAAAGAAUGUGUUUGCUGCAUGCAGUGUGAGUAACUCUGACACAAAGGGCUUUUUGUACCUGUGCUCCUUCUCAAUGGUGAUGGAACUGGAAACGCUGUGGUCCCCGGUGAGGCCCGAAUUGGUGAUUCAUCACUGCAGACUGUAAAUGUCCUUUGUGCACUUUCAUCGCCUCGUAAAUGAUGUACUGUGAUGCAUAAAUGAAAGUACUAAAAUGCACUUUAAACCACCAAGCAUACAUUCAUUAUAAUGGAUUAUUUAAGAGACGCCCGGAAGACCGCUCGAGGUUUUCCUAAAUUAAAAGUGAGGCUUGGUUCCCCCCCUCCCCCCCCCACAUUGCUUUGAACCAGAAUAAUAGGAACUUAAAAUGGAGCAAGAAAAAUCAGGACCAGUGCCAGGAUUGUUAAACCAAACCAGUGUUAACAUCUUUAUUGCAACAAAUGCUACAUAUCAGUUUGUACAACUAAAACACCCCAGAUACCAAAUGGGGAUACAUUAUAUACCUGUGAGUUUGAUAUAUGCUUUACAGUGUAGUUGCAAUUGUUUAUGUUGACGGGUUUUAUCCGUGGAGUGUAAUUUAAUUAUUCCGGGGACUUCACUGCUUUAAUAUCCUUAUAUAUUGCUAAUUGAUCUAACCACUAAAACUCCUAUAAUUUGCAAGGCAUCCUCCCAGGAGCCCAUAGAAGGCAGUUUCAGGCUCCUGUAAAGUAUAUCUGUGUGUCCCCCGUCCCAGCAAAGCCUGUCUUGCAGCCAGCUGCAGCACAGCCAGCCACGAUGGCUCAUUGUCCCUGCAGCACUCUGUUUUCUCAUUACAUACGUAAAAAAAAUGUACAGCUCUGUUGUUUUAACAAACUUUGCUACCCAGAAGGGUUUGUAUGUAAAUAUGUUACUUAUAAUUAAGCAUUCUCUUACUUUUAAAAUAUUUUCCAUUUUUUCCAUGUUUACUAGUAUUAUGACUAACUGCUAUUUGAAAAAUGUAUAAAACAAAUGUCUUUCAGCGAUUAAUUUUAUUUAUAAGAAUUAACAUACGUUUACAUACAUUUUAAAGCUGAGUUUUAUCUGAUUUCAUCUGAACAACAUAAAUGAGUGAAAUAAAUGUAUGAACAUUGAAAUUGUACUUUUUUCCUACUGUCUGCAUCAAAAUAAGUUAUAUUAUUUUUGGAGAUGGCAUAGCAACUUCUUGUAGCUCAUAACGAAACUGAAUUUGGGCUCAGAAUUCUGCAAAUUUAAUUUACCAUUUACUUUAUUAGGCAUACAACCCCCAAAAAGCUGGGACAGUGUGAAACUACAGUGUAAUUAGUUCAAACUUUACAUAUGAUAUUUUUAUAUUUUGAAUUACAUAUGAGCAAAAGAGAAUUUACCAACCACCAUUUUUGUUUUUUGUUGCAUUUUUCACUGUCCCAAGGGGUUGUAGAUUUCUUUUAUUCUGCUGAACGUUUUAAUAAAUCUAUAAAAAUGUAGCAAAUAUUAUAACAUGAUACCCAUUACGAUAAAAUUAGCUUCUGGUCAGUAUUGUUACACCAUAACAGCUAUUUGGUUCCUGGACCUAACAGUCCGGCGUGACUUGUACAGAACCGGAAGUACGCUGGUUCAAUAUUCCCAUUACACCGAGCACCCCUCUCGUUGCUUUUCGGGUUAGCUGUCGGUUCAGUCCUGCAUUUCGUUUCUGGGUUUUCAGGUUGCUUUUAUCUUUUUUCAUUUCCAGCUGUU